AUGACAUCACGACAAUUGCUACCUUUUACUAUCAGUGAUAUUUCUCAGCCAGAAGCAUUGGUAUCAAAUGCAGAAGAAAUUACUCUACUUGGAACUGUCAUCACUUUUAGAUCAAAAAGAUUACAAUUUAUUAUACUUUGUUGUGCGGUAUUCGUUUUUUAUAUAAUCUAUGGUUUUCUUCAGGAAUUAAUGUUUAAAGUGGAUGGUAUGGAAUUAUAUGGAUGGCAUUUAACAUUGAUUCAAUUUUUGAUCUAUUCCAUAAUGGCGCAAUUGGAAAGUAUUUAUUGCGCUGUAAUAAAUGAACGAAGAAGAAAAAUUCCCAUAUAUAUUUACUUACAAAUAGCAACAUUUACGGUUGGUACGAUGGGUUUCUCGAAUGUAGCAGUUGGUUAUUUAAACUAUCCGACACAAGUAAUUUUCAAAUGUUGCAAAUUGAUACCUGUUUUAAUUGGUGGAAUUAUUAUUCAAGGGAAGCAAUACUCAUGCAUCGAUUUUACAGCAGCAUGUAUGAUGAGCUUUGGUCUUAUUAUUUUUAUCUUAGGUGAUAGUGUCGUAUCUCCAAUGUUUAAUCCUUUUGGAUAUACGAUGAUUUCAAUUGCUUUACUUUUUGAUGCCAUAAUUGGUAAUAUUCAAGAGAAAUCAUUGCAUACUUAUAAAGCUAGUAAUAAUGAAAUGAUUCUGUAUUCGUAUUCUAUUGGAUUUAUCUAUAUUAUGCUGGGAUUAAUGAUUUAUGGCAAUUUUUUGGACGGGUUUUACUUCUUCUUUACGCAUCCAUUACAAACUUAUGGUUACGUUACACUAUUUUCCAUAUCUGGCUAUCUUGGUCUUAAUGCAGUACUAAGCUUAGUACGUACCCAAGGAGCACUUACUGCUGUUACUGUAACAACUAUUCGAAAAGCAGUUACAAUUACUCUAUCAUUCCUGUUUUUUUCAAAACCAUAUGUUAUGCAAUAUUUAUGGGGUAGUUUGCUAAUAUUAACAGCUAUUUAUCUUAAUCUUUAUAGUAAGAAUCGAACAAGCUGGGAAUUGAUUAUUAAGAAUUUCAUUCAAUAUUUACGUGUUACAUAUACUAUAAACUAUUCCAAGUCUCCUUCUAUCUAUUCCACUUAA